AUGAAGAUUGCGAUCGAGGGAUGCUGUCACGGCGAGCUCGACGCGAUCUACGCAGCGAUCGAACACUUAUCGUCCAAGGAGAGCGUCGCAAUCGACCUCUUGAUUUGUUGCGGCGAUUUCCAAGCCGUGCGAAACUUGGACGAUUUAGAGUGCAUGUCGGUGCCGGAUAAAUACAAGACGAUGGGAACGUUCUACAAGUACUACUCGGGGGAGAAAACGGCGCCGGUACCGACGAUUUUCAUCGGUGGGAACCACGAGGCGGCGAAUUACCUGUGGGAGCUCUACUACGGAGGAUACGUGGCGCCAAACAUUUAUUACUUGGGACACUCGGGGGUGAUUAAAUUCGGUGAUUUAAGAAUAGGUGGAUUGUCUGGGAUCUUUAAAUAUCACGAUUACAAGAAGGGACACCACGAGAGACCACCGUAUCGCGGACACGCCGUGAAGACGGCGUAUCACGUGCGAGAGUUUGACGUGUUCAAGCUCAAGCAGGUGAGAGGGGACGUCGACGUGUUUCUGAGCCACGAUUGGCCGCGUGGGAUCGCACAGUUCGGAAACAAGCACGAGUUGUUUCGAAAGAAGCGUUUUUUGAGGGAGGAAAUCGAGAGCAAUACCUUGGGGUCACCGCCGGCGGAGGAACUCUUGAAGAGACUGCGACCGAGGUACUGGUUCUCAGCGCACUUGCACGUGAAGUUCGCGGCGUUAGUGAAACAUGAGGACGAGAAGACGACGAAAUUUUUAGCCUUAGAUAAGUGUUUGCCGCAGAGGGACUUUUUACAGAUCAUCGAUCUCCCGGACAAGGACGCCGCGGGAGGUUUCACGCUCGACGAGGAGUGGUUGGCGAUUCUCAAGGCGAACCACGAGUAUCACUCUGUGACUCAACGUCCGUCGCCUUUGCCGGCGUACGGCACCCCGGAGGCGGUGGACUUAGAGCCCCAUAAAAAGUGGAUGAGCGAGAGAUUACAAUCAUCUGGGUCGGCGACGACGACGCCUCCAGAGUUUGUGGCCACGCGCCCGGCGCACGACCCGUCCGCCGAGACGCGGCGUCGAGGUCGCGCCCCGACAGAUAUCGAUACGAAUCCGCAAACGAAAGCGCUGAUGGAUUUGCUCGAGCUUGAUUUGAAGAUAAUCACGCCUGGCGGUAGUGAGAACGAUCAAGAUGUGCAGUAUCAUCGCGUCCCACGACCAGGGCCUUUCGGCGCGGGUCCACCGCAGCGCCGCCCGCCUCCGCCACCAAAGGUCGCGGACGAGGCGGAGAUAGAGCUGUGA